UGGCUCUUUAUUCGAACAGGCAUCGCAUCCGCAGUAAACAAGUACGGAAACAGAGAGAGUCGGAGCUCCGCUUUUGGCUAACGCGUGUGCUUUCAUUAGGGCUCGAACCAUUGUCUAUAUAACCGUCUCAAGCCUCUCUGUUUCACUUUGUUUUCCUUCUCUUCAAAGCCAGCUUAAAACCACACACACACAGUCUCUCUAUCUCUCUGUGGGAAACGAACAAUGCCUCCAAAAUCUGCUAAAGGGAAAGAAGCACCGGCUGAGCGGCCGAUUCUUGGCCGAUUCUCAUCUCACCUCAAGAUUGGGAUUGUUGGAUUGCCAAAUGUUGGAAAAUCUACUCUUUUUAACACACUCACCAAGUUGUCAAUACCUGCGGAGAACUUCCCUUUCUGCACAAUUGAGCCUAAUGAGGCCCGGGUUAACAUCCCCGACGAGCGCUUUGAAUGGCUUUGCCAGCUGUACAAGCCAAAAAGCGAGAUCCCAGCAUUUUUGGAAAUUCAUGAUAUAGCUGGACUUGUUCGAGGUGCCCAUGAAGGACAAGGCCUGGGCAACAGUUUUUUGUCUCAUAUCCGUGCAGUUGAUGGCAUUUUUCAUGUUUUACGUGCAUUUGAAGAUCCAGAUAUUAUCCAUGUUGAUGACUCAGUGGAUCCUGUGAGGGAUUUAGAGGUUAUAAGUUCAGAAUUGCGUCUCAAGGAUAUUGAGUUCAUGGAAAAGAAGAUAGAAGAUCUUGAAAAGAGCAUGAAAAGGAGCAAUGACAAGCAGCUCAAAAUUGAGCAUGAAUGCUGCCAAAAGGUCAAGGCAUGGCUUGAGGAUGAAAAAGAUGUCCGUCUAGGGGACUGGAAAGCUGCUGAUAUUGAAAUCUUGAAUACUUUCCAAUUGCUAACUGCCAAGCCCGUUGUUUACUUGGUAAACAUGAAUGAGAAAGAUUAUCAAAGAAAAAAGAACAAGUUUCUGCCAAAGAUUCAUGCCUGGGUGCAGGAACAUGGGGCUGAACCUAUAAUUCCUUUCAGCUGUGUCUUAGAAAGGAAUCUUGCUGAUAUGCCUCCAGAUGAUGCUGCAAAGUAUUGUGAGGAGAACAAGGUACAAAGUGCCCUUCCAAAGAUUAUAAAGACAGGAUUUUCAGCGAUUAAUCUCAUAUACUUUUUUACAGCUGGCCCCGAUGAGGUCAAAUGCUGGCAGAUUAGACGACAGACAAAGGCUCCCCAAGCUGCAGGGACCAUCCAUACUGAUUUCGAAAGAGGGUUCAUUUGUGCUGAGGUCAUGAAAUUUGACGAUCUCAAGGAACUUGGUUCUGAAUCUGCUGUUAAGGCUGCUGGGAAGUACAAACAGGAGGGGAAGACAUAUGUGGUCCAAGAUGGAGACAUUAUAUUUUUCAAGUUUAAUGUUUCUGGCGGCGGGAAGAAAUGAGGCGAAAAUCCCCGGUUGGAUGCACAAGUUAAAUUAGUUCUAAAUAUGGGAUAUCAAUAGUUAUUUCGGUUUUAUUAUUGGGAAAGUGAAAAUGAUACAUGAAAUAGGUUGUAUCAUGGUUAUGCAGUUUUAUGGAUGAUUUUGUUCAUCAAGUAUUAUACUGAAGUUGAUACACACUGCAAAUGAAUUGUACUUCCAGCAGGGAGUUGAACAUGCAUUGUUCAGCUGCGGCCUACGAGUUCUCCAUGAAGCAUCAGUUACUGAAUUUGAUUAUUCUGAAUUACAAUUUUGAAGCCCUUUAAAUCUUUA